AUGCCAGAUUUCAGACGCAUGUCGCGGGCAGUGAGCCCUUGUUCCGAUAGGCCUCGUGGUUUCUCCAUAAGUGAUGCUAUUAGCAUGGCUGGUGAAGCCUCAAACAGGCGUCUUUCCGUACCCUUUAAAUACCUCGUGCCGCCUCUUCCUGAAGCACUAUCCGAUGAAGAGUUUGGCAAGAUUGAGAAAGACACGAUUCGUAGCACGAUGAGGAUUGCAGCUGUCUUGACGGCUUUGUUUCUCACGUUGUUCAUCGCCGCACUCAACACCGUCAGCAUUUCAACCGCCAUCCCGAGUAUUUGCGCAGAGUUGAAGUCUGCAUCUGGAUACGCAUGGAUCGGGGCAGCCCAUCUCCUCGCUGACGCCGCAGCAGCUCCGAUAUGGGCGAAAUUAUCUGAUAUUUGGGGCCGAAAGUUGAUACUCUUGACGGCAAUAUCUCUCUACUUCGGCGCGUCGACCGUGUGUGCCACUGCUAAGACAAUGCGCAUUCUCAUUGUCGGCCGUUCUCUUCAAGGUGCAGCAGCAGGCGGGCUGAUACAGAUCGUUCAUAUUGUGAUAUCUGAUCUCUUUGAUCUUAGGCGACGGGCACUUUACGUUGGCCUUCUAGAGAUCAUGUGGGCCAUUGCUGGUGCUAUUGGACCUGUAUUGGGCGGGGCCUUCUCAGAGCUGCUUUCAUGGCGCUUUUUGUUUUGGUUGAAUCUCCCAAUGUGCAGCCUCGCGUUUGGCCUUUUGUUUUUGUGCCUUGACAUCCACAACCCAAAGACCCCAUUUUUGGAAGGCAUGAAAGCGGUGGAUUGGGCUGGCAUAGCGACGCUUCUUGGUUGCGUGAUCAUGAUCCUUCUAGGACUCAAUUUCGGAGGCGAGACGUACGCUUGGGACUCGCCACAAGUACUGGCUCUGAUAGUCGCUGGUUUCACACUCUUGGUGCUGUUUGUGAUCAGUGAGGCCAAGCUGGCAAAACAUCCACUGAUCCCCUUGCACAUCUUUGAGAACAAGUCAAAUGUGGCAACACUCUUUGUCAUGUUCACCCUCCAUUUCGCAUAUUUCUCGACCGAGUACUACCUACCACUUUACUUCCAGUCCGUACGAAAUGCGUCUCCUAUGGCUUCUGGGACCUUGCUGCUCCCCACCACCAUCGUGUCUGCAGUUUUCGGCUUUGCUUCAGGCAUCUCAAUCUAUGCGUGGGCCUGCUAUCGCGAGCUGAUAUGGGCUGGUCUCACAUGUUUGACUCUUGGCUCUGGUCUUUACAUCAAGUUGAACGCCACCGCUUCUCUAGGUCAAAUAAUCGGUUACCAGAUCGUCACGGGCAUAGGUGCAGGCUUACUCUUUCCUGCACCAACCAUUGCGUUGCAAACGCAGGUCUCAGCAGCAGAAACAGCUACAGCGAUUGGCGCGCUAGGCUUUGCAAGGAGUCUUGCAACAUCUUUUGCAGCUGUCAUCGGUGGUACAGUCAUUGCCAACUCUAUGGUAGUGCAGUCAGCGAAGCUAUCAAGCAUCGGUCUACCUAUCGAGUAUUUGCAAAAAGUUGCCGGCCCACACGCUGUCUCGAAUGUGCACGUGAUUGAGGAAAUCAAAGACCCCGUCCUGAGACUAGCUGUCCGACAAGCUUUUGCGUGGAGCCUGAGGAACCUCUGGAUUUUGUGCGUCUGUAUUACUGGCACUGGACUUUGCUACAGCACGUUCAUUAAGAAAGGAGAUCUAGAUCGCAAGCAUGUGGAGACUAAGACUGGGUUAGACAAGCGAGAAAUUUAA